CAUACACAAAUACAAACUAAGAGAUCGUGGGAAUCAAGUAGCAAAUCAUCGAGUUCGGAAAUAUGGCAUCAUCAUCAAAUAAUGGCGGUGUUCCGCCGGGGUUUCGAUUUCAUCCAACAGAGGAAGAGCUUCUUCAUUACUACUUGAAGAAGAAGCUUUCAUUUCAUAAGUUUGACAUGGAGGUUAUCAGAGAGAUUGACUUGAAUAAGAUUGAGCCAUGGGAAUUGCAAGAGAGGUGCAAUAUUGGAUCAACGCCGCAGAAUGAGUGGUACUUUUUCAGCCACAAGGAUAGGAAGUAUCCGACAGGUUCAAGAACAAAUAGAGCAACAAAUGCGGGGUUUUGGAAGGCCACAGGCAGAGACAAGUGCAUAAGGAACAGCUUCAAGAAGAUUGGUAUGAGGAAAACCCUUGUGUUUUACCGAGGAAGAGCUCCACAUGGACAAAAGACUGACUGGAUCAUGCAUGAGUACAGACUUGAAGAUGCUGACCAAAAUCAAACUGAGGAUGGAUGGGUGAUUUGUAGGGUAUUCAAGAAGAAAAACCUCUUCAAAAUAAGUGGAAAUGAGGCUGCAGGCUCAUCAAGCCACCACCAAGCUCCUCGAACCAACAGCUUCACACACAAAUUAGAUCAUGAUCAUAGCCCAUAUCUACUACACCAAUUACCACAACACCACGACCAACAUGACUUAAACUAUUCUCAAAUCCCAGUUGCUGCUACUCUUCCACAUGACUACUAUUCACACAACAAUAAUAAUAUUGAAUUAGCUCAAAACUUGAUCAAGUCAUCAUCAUUGGGAUAUCAUCCUCAUGAAUUCUCAUCAUCAGGCGCUGAUCAAUCAGCACCUUGUGAGUCCGGGUUAGAGGUAGCAAGCAGUAAUAAUCAGAUCAAUAUGAAUAAUAAUGAUCAUCAGUGGGGAAUUAAUAUUGAUUCAUCCAAAGUUGCAUUAGGGAUGGGAUUUCAAUCUAAUCAAAUCAAUCAUCAACUUCCUAUGCGUGGAGAGAUGGACUUUUGGAGUUAUGGAAAAUAAUACACACACAUACA